UUGCAUGCACCUCAGAACGCACACGUCUCCCAGAAGGCAGAAAGAAAAGAGAAGAGCAGAAAAGAGAACUCCUGAGCUACCCUCGCUUCCCUAGGAGGACAGAGAGGGAGAGAGAAGCAGGGAGCGGAGUUCUCUCUGUGCCUGCUUGUGGCAGUGUUGGUCCGAAGGGUACUAAUUCUGAGUUGCUGAUUUUGGUGGUGGUGGUGGGAUUGAGAGAUCUUGGAGGAUGGGGGUGGAAGACGGGAAAGGCCACCAGUCGGAUACCAAUUACGAAACAGAGAGCACGGGGAGCGAGAGGGUCGGGUUCAGCGGGCCGAUGAGCGGGCCGCUGAGCGGGCCUCUCACCAACAAGCGCGGCGGGAAGAAGAGCGCACGCUUCAACCUUCCGCCGGAGACGAGCGGCGGGGCGGCGGACGACGCCUACGUGGAGAUCACGCUCGACGUCCGGGAUGACACUGUGGCGGUCCACAGCGUGAAGACGGCGGGGCAGGACAAGGAGGACCCGGAAAUGACGCUCCUCGCUCGGGAGCUCGAGAAGAAGUCCUCCUUCGGCUCCUCUGUAAUGCGGAGCGCCUCGAACCGCAUUCGCCACGUGUCCCAGGAACUGAAGCGCCUCGCCUCCGCCAACAAGCGCCAAGCCCCGAUCAAUCUCGAUCGCUCCAAGUCGGCCGCCGCCGGCGCCCUCGCCGGGCUCAAGUUCAUCAGCAAGGCCGAUGGCUCCGCCGGCUGGCCUGCCAUCGAGAAGCGCUUCAAGGAGCUCAACAUCGAGGGCGUCCUCCCUCGACCCCUCUUCGGCAAAUGCAUUGGGAUGGAAUCGAAAGAGUUCGCCUUGGCGUUGUACGAUGCUUUGGCGAGGCGGAGAAAUAUCGUCGCGCCUUUCAUAUCCAAGGACGAGCUCAAGGAUUUCUGGGAGCAGAUAUCUGACCAGAGCUUCGACGCUAGGCUCCAGACUUUCUUCGACUUGUUUGACAAGAACGGAGAUGGCCGGAUAACCGAGGCAGAGGUUAAGGAGAUUAUCACUCUCAGCGCUUCGGCAAACAAGCUGGCAAGGAUUCAGGAGCAAGCAGAAGAAUAUGCUGCUCUGAUCAUGGAAGAAUUGGACCCGGGGAAUCUGGGUUACAUUGAGGUCGAAAAUCUUGAGGUGCUGUUGUUGCAAGGGCCAAGCCAAUCAGUAGCACCAUUCUCCAACAGCCGGAACCUAAGUCAGAUGCUGAGCCAGAAAUUGAGGCCCACCAAGGAGAGCAACCCCAUCAAGAGGUGGUACAACCACACCAAGUACUUCCUGGAAGACAAUUGGAAGAGGGUGUGGCUGUUCGUUGUGUGGCUGAUCGCAAUGGGCGGCCUCUUCGCCUGGAAGUUCUACCAGUACAGGCACAGAGCCGUGUACCAUGUUAUGGGCUACUGCGUCUGCGUUGCCAAAGGUGGUGCGGAGCUGACCAAGCUCAAUAUGGCUCUAGUUCUUUUCCCAGUCUGCCGGAACACCAUCACAUGGCUCAGGAACAAGACCAAACUGGGCGUGGUGGUCCCUUUCGAUGACAAUCUCAACUUCCACAAGGUGGUUGCUGCCGGAGCAGCGGUCGGCGUCUUACUGCACGUAAUUGCCCACGUAACUUGCGAUUUCCCUCGCCUCCUUCAUGCGACGGACGCAGAGUAUGAGCCCAUGAAGCCGUUCUUCGGCGAUAAACGACCCCCCAACUACUGGUGGUUCGUGAAGGGUACCGAGGGCUGGACCGGCAUCGUCAUUCUGGUGCUGAUGAUCAUCGCCUACGUUCUUGCCACCCCAUGGUUUAGGAGGAACAGGCUCAACUUGCCCAAGGCACUCAAGAAACUCACUGGCUUCAAUGCCUUCUGGUACUCCCACCACCUCUUCGUCAUCGUCUAUGCGCUGUACAUCGUCCAUGGCUACGAACUCUACCUAACCAAGAAAUGGUACAAGAAAACGACCUGGAUGUACAUUGCAAUUCCAAUGCUGCUUUACGGAUUCGAGCGCCUGGUCCGAGCAUUUAGGUCAGGCAUCAAGCCGGUCAAGAUUCUCAAGGUUGCUGUCUACCCUGGAAACGUUCUCACCUUGCAUAUGUCCAGGCCCAAUGGCUUUAAGUACAAAAGUGGACAAUACAUGUUUGUUAACUGUGCGGCAGUCUCCCCAUUUGAAUGGCAUCCAUUUUCCAUUACUUCUGCACCCAGCGAUGAUUACUUGAGCCUCCACAUUCGUACACUAGGAGACUGGACCAGCCAACUCAAGACUGUCUUCUCUGAGGUGUGCCAACCGCCAGACAAUGGCAAAAGUGGGCUGCUCAGGGCGGAUCACAACCAAACUAGCCACCCAAGUUUCCCGCGGGUCUUGAUCGACGGGCCAUACGGAGCACCAGCUCAAGACUACAAGAAAUACGAGGUGGUGCUGCUUGUUGGCCUAGGGAUCGGCGCCACACCCUUCAUCAGUGUCGUCAAGGACAUAGUGAACAACAUGAAGGCCAGCGAAGAGGAAGAGGAGCUGGAGGGUGGUGGUAACGGCGCCAAAGCUAAGAAGAAGGCCUUCAAGACCACAAGGGCCUACUUCUACUGGGUAACAAGGGAGCAAGGCUCUUUUGACUGGUUCAAGGGGGUGAUGAACGAAGUCGCGGAGUCCGACCAGAAUAACGCGAUCGAGCUCCACAACUACUGCACGAGCGUCUAUGAGGAAGGCGACGCGAGAUCCGCGCUCAUCGCCAUGCUCCAGUCUCUCAACUACGCCAAGAACGGCCAAGACAUUGUUUCCGGCACCAGCGUGAAGACCCACUUUGCCAAACCCAACUGGCGCAGUGUCUUCAAGCGAAUUGCACUCAACCACAGGGAUGCUAGAGUUGGGGUGUUCUAUUGUGGAAGUGUGGCUUUGACGAACGAACUUCGUCAGCUGUCCCUCGAUUUCUCAAGAAAGACAAGCACCAAAUUCGACUUCCACAAGGAGAACUUCUAGAAGCAGAUGACUUUGCCCAAUCUUUCGAUACUUGUACAGAGUCCUGCCCACUAGCCUCCUGCUUUUGUUCCUUACUUUUUUGUGGUCAUAGAUAGCAUAGUGCGAAUUUGCUCUCAAACUGCGUCCCCACCAAAACCGUGUCACAUAGUAGGGAAUCUCAAGAAUUAGGUGUGGAAGACAGAGGAACAAUGAUUUGAACUCAUCCGGCCCCCCCACCAAAUAUGAUAGCCGAUACCAUUUGUAUAACGCACCAAAGUGCACCUGGUCCACUUGGUUCACGCGUGAUUGAAGGUGAAAAGAACAUUAUGUUUGAUUUUUAUGAACUUUCUUUUAGGUGCAAAUAGAACAUUCCGGGAAUCCAGGGGAUCACUGUUUGUAGAGAGACCAAGUUAUAGGUUAAUGUACCAGUGUUUUAGGUAGAUGGUGUUCCGAUUUAUUUGUGUAUGUGAACGGGGUAAGUAUUUUUGUGUGGGCGAUAGGAAAGGGAAAAAAAUGGCAUAAAAGGGUUUGAAGGGCGAUAUGAAUAAGUUGCAGCUGUAUUCUUGUAAUGAAACACGCAUGUUUCCUAUUUGUUUAUUUUUUAACCAAAUAAUGAAGUUCAGCAAUUUGGGACUA